AUGGCUAACUUUCGCAUAGGCGUUACCUUUGCUGGGGUGACUCUUGCAGUCCUGGUGUUUUUGCAGCUGAUUGCGGUAUUCAAGUUCGAUAGCCAGUCACCUUUGCCUAGCUUUCGUUCAAACUUCAACCAGUGGAAAAGCAGAGCAAGCGUGGCGGCAGCUGACGAUAUCUUUUUGGUUGGAGCGGGCAAGGCAGACGUAACUGGGCCCGUUGUGGAGCUUACUCUCGCUGGUUAUGCCAGAUUGGACCAACUAGGCACAGGUCUAAGGCAGAGACUGUAUUCUCGCGCCUUCAUCUUCGCAGACCCAGACAAGCCCGAUGACACUUUUAUGUACCUAGUUCUCGACACGCUUACCGGUGACACGGCCGUGCGACAUGGUAUCUUAGAGGGUCUCACUGCGCUCGGUGGGAAGUAUGCACGGUACGGCGAACACAACGUCGCAAUGACGGGAACACAUUCGCACUCCGGGCCUGGAGCGUGGAUGAACUACUUGCUGCCUCAGAUCCCGGCAUUGGGAUUCAACAAACAAAGCUAUCAAGCUAUUGUCGACGGCGCUAUUUUAUCAAUUGUCCGUGCCCAUGAGAACUUGGCGCCAGGUCGGCUCUCUUUUGGAUCCAUCGACUUACACGACACCAAUAUCAAUCGAAGUCCUUUUUCAUAUGAGCACAAUCCCGAGGAAGAACGGGCACGGUAUUCUACAAAUGUUGAAAAAUCACUCUCGCUCAUUCGAUUUGAUCGCGAAUCCGACAACAAAACAGCGGCUAUCCUAACAUGGUUCCCUGUUCAUGGCACAUCUAUGUAUAACAACAACACCUUGGUCAGUGGCGAUAACAAAGGUGUCGCAGCUUACCUCUUCGAGCGCAGUGUCGACGGCGAUGCAAGGUUCACUGACGAUGUCGUAAUUGGAUUCUCCCAAGCGAGUGUCGGGGACACAUCCCCUAACAUCCUGGGGGCUUGGUGCGAAGACGGCUCUGGGGAGAUGUGUCGAUAUGAAGAUAGCACUUGCGGUGGCAGAAACGAGGACUGCCAUGGUCGAGGGCCUUUCUUCCGUGAGAACGACAACGGAGCGAAGAGCUGCUUCGAAAUUGGGCGCCGCCAGUACUCAGCAGCAAAGAAGCUAUACGAAGAGAUGGAUAAAACCCCUAUCAAAAUUACUGGAAGUUCUGCGGUGAAGUCUUUCCACGUAUAUCAAGACAUGGAUGGCUACACUUUCCCCUCCCCGUUCAACUCCAGUACGUUGACGACUUGUCCUGCGGCUCUGGGGUACUCCUUUGCCGCCGGAACUACAGACGGACCCGGUGCCUUUGACUUCACCCAAAAUGCCACUGGUCCAGCUGAACGCAACCCCCUGUGGCAAGUUGCGCGUGCAGUUAUCCACCAGCCCAGCCAAACGCAGAAACAGUGCCAAAGCCCCAAGGAAGUGCUAUUGGAUAUUGGCACUCUCACUGAACCUUAUCCAUGGGCCGCGGAUAUUGUUGACAUCCAGGUCUUGCGAGUGGGUCAGCUGUUCCUUGUUAUCUCCACCAGCGAAGCUACUACGAUGUCUGGGCGACGCUGGAAGGAAGCUAUUGCGAAAGGAGCAAAGGACUACCUUUCUGUUUCCGACCCUAUAGUGGUACUAGGAGCCCCAUCAAACAGUUACGCCCACUACGUGGCAACAGAAGAAGAGUACGGCCCUCAGCGCUACGAGGGCGCGUCCACACUCUACGGCGCCAACACACUAGCAGCCUAUGUCAAUCUGACCCUCACUUACCUGCCGUAUUUGGGAAACUCUUCGCAAAUUGCCAAACUUCCAGUCAUCCAAUCUGGCCCCACUCCACCAAUCAACACCAACCAUUCAUUGAGUUUCAUUACGGGUGUUAUGUAUGACGGAGCGCCCAUUGGCAAGGACUUUGGAAAUGUGACUUCAAACCCGGAGGGUGGGCCCUAUGGCCCCGGAGAUAUUGUCAAGACGACCUUUGUGGGCGCCAAUCCCCGCAAUAAUCUGCACCUCGAAUCGACCUACGCUGCGGUUGAAAGAAAAAGCGAUUAUGGUGCAUGGGAGGUCGUGCGCAAUGACCGCGACUGGAAUUUGGUCUUCAUGUGGGAACGGACCAAUGAGAUUCUUGGCCACAUCAAAGACCGUGUAUCUCUGGCGUAUCUGGGAUACUGGGACUCAUUUGUGGAAGAGAUAAUGACCUUGUUCCGGUCGACGCCUCUAGAUCAUGACGUCCCUAUCCACAAUGAAUCAGAAGUCUACGUCGUGGGCAGUGAACUCGGUCUUACCGGAAGAAUCAUCCAAAAUCUCUGCAACCCUGUCAUGCAGGCAUUGAUACCACUACCGCAAAUGUCCUCGGUACGCUUCGGCGAUAUUCAAUCCGUCAUCACCGCCAGCCGUGUUAUCCCAGACGUUAUCUUCGGUCUCAUGAGUCCCGAUGCUCCUUCUUCUGACAGCAUUUACAUGGUUGGCGAAUACAAGACUUUGUUUCCAGCAGGUUAUGCGAUUAUCCUGGAACGUCGUGAGGGAGAACUACUUUCUGAUAUAUGGCAUAGCCUGAACGCAGACGAGCGGGUUUAUGUUGAAGGUGAAUGCUUGAAGGCAAUCCACGCACUUCGGUCAAUCUCCAUUCGUCUGGAUGACGCAGGGAUGCACAAUGUUCUGUAUGCAAGAGAAAGUCGGACUGUGACGCUUCUUGAUUUUGAGGUCGCUGUGGAGCUUCUGCCCAAUUCAUACAUUUCCACGAAUUACGAGAUGAAGCGAAUCUUCAGAUCAGCCUCGACCCUGGAAGGAGAACAAGGCGGUUAA